AAAGAAACACAUCAACAACAAAAAUGGCAACUAUCAACAAAAUAACCAUAACACUUCUCCUUCUCAUCUCCAUAGCUUUCUCCCACUGCUUGGCCUUCCAUGACUUCCAUGUGGAGGUCCAAGCGUUCGAACCACCGCAACAAGAGGAACAAGAAGGUCCUGGUGGCGGCUCUGGCGGUGGAUGGGAGGAACCGGAGACGAAUAAUCCGUACCACUUCGGGAAGUUGAGCUUCAAGAAUUGGUUUCAGUCGAAGGAAGGUUUCGUGAAAAUGUUGCCUAGGUUCACUAAACGCUCAUCGACUCUCUUCCGUGGAAUCGUAAACCACCGGUUCUUGUUCAUGGAGAUGGAGCCUAACACUUUUCUUGUGCCUCACCAUUUAGAUGCCGAUUCAGUCUUUCUAGUCCUACAAGGGAGGGGAGUGAUUGGUUUCGUGACGGAUAAGACAAAAGAAACCUUUCGAAUAACGAAAGGUGAUGUGGUGAGAGUUCCUUCAGGCGUCACACGCUUUUUCACAAACACUAACGACACCGUUCCUCUCCGCAUCGCCAAGAUCGCCGUCCCCGACAACUCUCCGGGACACUUCCAGGUUUACUUCCCUUCUCGAUCACAAUUUCAUCAAUCCUACUUCUCCGGUUUUACCAGAGACGUCCUCUCCGCAAGUUUAAACAUACCUGAAGAAUUGCUAGGGAAAUUGACGGGAUCACAACAAAUGAGACAAGGGAUUAUGAGGAGAGUUACUCGAGACCAGAUCAAGGAACUUACCGAACAUGCUACUUCUCCUUCAAACAAAGACAAAGACGACAAAGACAUAAGCAGAGUGUGGAACCCUUUCAGUAUCUUUACACAAGAUCCAAUCUACUCCAACGACUUUGGUCGUUUCCACGAGGCAAACCCUAAAAGGUUUAGUCAACUCCAAGACCUUGACAUCUCCGUCGCUUGGGCUAACAUGACACAGGGAUCAUUGUUCCUUCCUCACUUUAACUCUAAGACAACCUUUGUAGCGUUCGUGGAGAAUGGUUGCGCCCGCUUCGAGAUGGCUAGUCCUUAUACAUUCCAAGGAGAGCAACAACAACAACAAGAACCUUGGUUUGGACCAGGACAAGAAGAAGAAGAAGAAGAAGAAAUGAGUGGACGAGUACAAAAGAUUGUGUCACGGGUUUGUAAAGGCGAAGUGUUUAUCAUUCCGGCAGGUCAUCCAUUCGCUAUGCUCUCACAAAGUCAAAACUUUGUCGCCGUAGGGUUUGGUAUUAAUGCGUCCAACAGCACAAGAACGUUCCUUGCAGGGCAAGACAAUAUGCUGAGCAACCUCGACAUGGUGGCUACGAGGCUGACGUUUGGUGUGGGAGAGAAAUUGGCGGAGAAACUUUUCACAAGCCAAAACUGUUCCGGCUUUGCACCGACGGUUCGUAGACAUCAGUUUCCAGAGGAACCCAAACCGUCUUUUCAAUCAAUCUUCAACUUGGCCGGUUUUUGAGAUUGCAUCUACAGUCUUAAGAAAAAUAAUGAAAUGGUUGUAGUUAAUAAUAAUAAUCAUACGGUUACGUUCUGUAACGUUUCUUGAGUUGUAAAUUGCUGUAACAGAUUUCCUCUGUUUUAAAUAAAUAAUAAAACAUCCGGUUUGGUUGUAUAUGAUUGAUGAUGUUGUGUAUAUUUGUGAUUUUUUUGAAUUCUUAAUUCAAGAAUCUGUC